AGUCACCUAAUAAAAACAGUUCUAUGGCAGAUCAGAACACAGCAGAAUAGAUGGUUUGCAUUCCAGGAAUAUCUAUGGGCUCCAGAGGUCGAGGCAUCCCCUCCCUUGGCAUGGGCACGGCAGUCUAUCCCUUCACUGGUUCUGAAACCAUGAAGUCAGCCAUUCUCCAUGCAAUCCAACUUGGUUACAGGCACUUCGACUCAGCUGCUCUCUAUCAAUCAGAGGAGCCUCUUGGAGAAACCAUCAAAGAAGCCCAAAGGCUGGGCUUCAUCAAAUCCAGAGAUGAGCUUUUCAUCACUUCCAAACUAUGGUGCAGUGAUGCCCACCAUGAGCGUGUCCUUCCAGCUCUCAAAAAGACACUGCAGAAUCUUCAAUUGGAAUACCUUGAUCUCUACCUCAUCCAUUGGCCUGUAAGUCUGAAGCCAGGGGAAUUUGAACUGCCCUUAAAGAAGGAAGACCUUCUCCCUAUGGAUUUCAAGUCUGUAUGGGAAUCAGUGGAGCACUGUCAAAAGCUCGGCCUCACGAGAUUCAUCGGAGUAAGCAACUUCUCUUGCAAGAAGCUUGAAUUACUAGUUUUUGCCAAGAUCCCUCCGGCCGUCAAUCAAGUGGAGAUGAACCCACUUUGGCAUCAAAAGAAGCUGAGGGAGUUCUGCAAGGAAAAGGGUAUACAUAUUACUGCUUACUCUCCCUUGGGUGCCAAAGGAACACUUUGGGGCACUAACAGAGUUAUGGAGAGUGAGGUACUAAAAGAGAUAGCAGAGGCAAGAGGAAAGACAAUUGCUCAGGUUUGCUUGAGAUGGGUGUAUGAGCAAGGGGUGAGUGUACUAGUGAAGAGCUUCAACAAUGAAAGGUUGAAGGAGAACCUUGAGAUAUUUGAUUGGAUGCUGAGUCAAGAGGAGUUGCAAAAGAUUGAUGGUAUUUCAAAAAAGAAAGGGUUCCCUGGCUUGGAAUUUAUCUCAGAAGAAGGCCCAUACAAGUCCCUCGAUGAGCUUUGGGAUGGAGAGAUAGCAUAAUAAAUAGAUAGAUGAUCAUGGACUUGAUAUAUAUAUAAAUCUCUAAUAUAACAUAAUAUUCAAGGCGAAAGGGUUUAAAUGUCUUAAUUAAGUCCAAAAAAAAAAAAAAAAAAAAAGACCUACAUACUCA